AGCGCUUAGCUCUGGGUGCCGGGCUGCGAGGGCGGGCCUUGUCCCGAUUGGUUCCCGAGGAAGCAACCCUCCAAGAGCCUUGUCAUUUCCUGAGCGGAGCUGGGACCGGGACGGCCUCGUCAUGCUGAAACGGGCGGCUGCUGCUGCAAUCGGAGGAGCGCUGGCCGUGGGCUCUGUGCCCGUGGUGCUCAACGUAGUGGGCUUCACCGGGGCAGGAAUCGCAGCCUCUUCUCUAGCUGCCAAGAUGAUGUCGGCUGCAGCCAUCGCCAAUGGGGGUGGAGUCUCGGCGGGCAGCCUGGUGGCGACACUGCAGUCAGUGGGGGCAGCUGGGCUCUCCACUUCAUCUAACAUCCUCCUGGGCUCUGUUGGGUCUGCUUUUGGAGCCUGGCUGGGAGGUUCAAAAAAGACUACCACUUCCCCCCCAGAUGAACCCAAUGCUGAAGGGGACCAGCCAAGAGAAAAUGUACCCCAAGUUGAACCUCCAAAACCCCCACUCAGAUCAGAGGAUGAUGAGAAAUAAAGAUCCAUUGCUAAUGUGU